AAAAAUUCUACACCACACUCACAUCACUCAUCAUCAACCUUCAACACAUCACUCAACAAAUCUUCAAAGCAACUUUCAACUCAAACCCACGCGUUUGUCACCCCUAACCCUCCCUCAACCCCUCACCCUCAACAUACACUAACCCCCAACCCAGAACCCCUUCCAAAAUGUACACCCCCAAACUCCUCCUCCUAACCCUCCUCCUACUCACCACCGAAACCCUCGCCAUCCGCCUAAACUACAGCGCCAAAUACCAAGGCGGCAAAGCCGCAACCUACGUAUCCAAAAACGCCGGAACAAUCGACGAUGCAGUUGGAGAUAACAUCGUUAAACACAUGGGAACAUGGUCUAGCGGUAAAUAUAUCGCUACGAAGAGUGAAUUGCGGAAUUUGGUCACGGUGAAGAAUGCUAGCGCGGCUGCUUCGAAGGGGACUGCGAAUGAUGAGGUGGCUGAGAUGCAGAAUAUUGUGAAUAAGAAUACUAAAUAGAGGAAGACGGGUGAUUCUUAUGUGAGUUUGUGGUGGAUUGUUGGUGGGGUGUUUGAUUGCGGAUUGUACUGAUGUAUUUUGCUUAGGGGUUUUGCUGCAAUGUGUUCAGCUUGGUGUAAGGUCUAGUUUGUUUGGUUCGCACUGCAGGAUGUGAAGUUGUUUUGGGGGAUGGUGGCUAUAUGUUUGUAUUUGACGAGAUGUUGGCAAGCCUAGGUCGAGGCGGGUGCGUGUGGUAGCAAUUGUCGAGAUUUCGCUUCCCUAAAUUGGUUGUAUAUUUUGUUCUUCUUGGAAGUCCUGUCAUUUGUUUUAUAUAGUUGUUUUAAGGGAGAAGGUGUGGGCAUACUAGAA